AUGGAUUCCAACUCUAGAAAGAAGGCAAAGAAGUCUCUAGAAACCUCCGAAGCCAAACCUUUUUCUCGCCCAUGGAAAUCAAGUGACUUAGUUCUUAAAGUCGCAGACAGGGAAUUUCAUGUUCAUCGAGCUGUUUUGAUCCUGUCUUCGCCAGUCUUUGAAGCCAUGUUGUCUUCGAAUUUCAAAGAGAGAUCUGCCAAAGAAAUACCUCUUCCGGGCAAAGAUGCAUCAGAACUGGAGCAGAUGCUUCAAGGUAUCUACCCUGACCGGGAUCUUCGGAUCUCAAAGGAAAACUGUCUCGCUCUUUUGAAACUUUCGACUGAAUACCAAAUCGAUCGACUGAAAACCCGCUGCGAGGAAUAUUUAAGGUGUUGGUGCCAAGAGGACUUGACGGUAGACGAAGCCUUGGAAGUGAUAAUCGUUAGCCAAAAAUAUUUUCUUCAUGAAUGGAUUGUGAAAAAAUGUGUGGAUAAGUUUGUGUCGCAGGUAGGUCAGACGUGGGAGAAAAUACAGAAACAUGAGCGUUAUUGUGAACUAGAAAAGGAAACUGUCAAGCGGCUUACAGAGGAACGAGUGAACCACCUGGAGAAAAUGCUGAAA